AUGCCCCUGCGGCUUCUGCUUCAAAAGGGGGUUCUCUCCGUCCCUGCCAACAAAGAUCAGAUCAAGUUCGUGAAGGGUGACGAGGGGGCACUCACAGCCUACAAGUUCUCCAGCGGACCAUACUCACAUUUGGCGCGAUGUAUCCAGGGCAUCAACAUUCGAGAACUAAAACAGACCAUUAAACCAGGAGAGUUGUGUACAGAAGGAGGCACGCCGCUCACAGAAACAGAACCGGAAGCUUCAACCGAGGUAGACGGGGCCAAGUGUUACAAGGGCAGCUGCCAUUGCGGUGCCGUCACACUUAGCUUAACAAGCAAGCCCAUUGACCACGACUACGCAUCUGAAGAGACCCCAGGGCCUCUCGAAUGCAGUUGCAGUAUCUGCAACGGGAAUAUAUUCCUUUACAUCAUGAAGGACCAACUGCAGCUCCAAGGACAGGAGAAUCUUAUGCCCUACGCCUUUGGAUAUAAGCUGCUCUCCAAACCCUUUUGCAAGGUCUGCGGCGUGAACCCCGUCAGUGACUGGUUGGACAUCUCUCCGGAGGCGCUGAGCGCCGUGCCUGAAGAGACGCGAGCGUACCGCGAUUCAGUCUUGGAUUUCCUUGCUGUGAAUCUGAGGACGAUAGACGGAUUGAGCGUCAACAAAUUGGAUCUCGCCCAAGUGGAUGGCGCCAACAACGGGCUGGCCUAUGCAAAUCCCUGA